CUACCGGAGCGCUGCAGGGCCGCCGGCAUGAACCCCGCGCAGGGCACGGUGGGCAGCGACCCGGUCAUCCUGGCCACGGCCGGCUACGACCACACGGUGCGCUUCUGGCAGGCGCACAGCGGCAUCUGCACGCGCACCGUCCAGCACCAGGACUCCCAGGUCAACGCCCUGGAGAUCACGCCGGACCGCACCAUGGUGGCCGCGGCAGGUUACCAGCACAUCCGUAUGUAUGACCUGAACUCCAAUAACCCCAACCCGGUGAUCAACUACGAUGGGGUGAGCAAGAACAUCACCUCGGUUGGCUUCCAUGAAGAUGGACGGUGGAUGUACACGGGGGGCGAAGACUGCAUGGCUCGCAUCUGGGACCUCCGGUCACGCAAUCUUCAGUGCCAGCGCAUUUUCCAGGUGAAUGCGCCCAUCAACUGCGUCUGCUUGCAUCCCAAUCAGGCUGAGCUCAUUGUCGGAGACCAGAGUGGCGCUAUCCACAUCUGGGACCUGAAAACGGACCACAAUGAGCAGCUCAUUCCAGAGCCAGAGGUCUCGGUCAACGCGGUACAUAUUGAUCCAGAUGCCAGCUACAUGGCUGCGGUCAACAGUUCGGGCAACUGUUACGUCUGGAAUCUCACGGGGGGCAUUGGAGAUGAGGUCACCCAGCUCAUUCCUAAGACCAAGAUCCCUGCGCACAACCGCUAUGCACUCCAGUGCAAAUUCAGCCCGGACUCCACGCUUUUGGCCACUUGCUCUGCUGACCAGACGUGCAAAAUAUGGAGGACCUCCAACUUCUCGCUGAUGACGGAGCUGAGCAUCAAGAGCAACAACCCCGGGGAGACUUCCCGUGGCUGGAUGUGGGACUGUGCCUUUUCGGGGGAUUCUCAGUACAUUGUCACAGCCUCGUCAGACAACUUGGCCAGGCUCUGGUGUGUGGAGACGGGGGAGAUCAAGAGAGAAUACAGCGGGCAUCAGAAGGCGGUUGUCUGCCUGGCUUUCAACGACAGCGUCUUGGGCUGAGGAGCAAGCUGGGACGGCACCUCUUCACCCGCCGGGCUGCCUUCUGGACAAAGGAAAGGAUUCCUGCUGGGCCCCAUUAGCCACUGUUUCUUUCUGCCGAGGGAGUGGAGCUGGCUGAACUCGGCUGAGGCUGCACUCCCUGCCCUUUGGUUUAGUUAGCAAGUGUGGCUGGGGCCCCUUGUGCUCCCCAUUUGUAGCACCUUCUUAAAACCAGCAUGGAGCUGGCAGAGAAGGCUUUGAAGCAGGGCGAUGACGGGUAUCCUACUCUUGGCUGCCUCUAGGAAGAGCCUCUUGUGCCCUGAGUCUGGGGUAAGCUGGAUCUCCUUCCUGAGCCCCUUUUUCUGCCCCCCUCCCCCAACCUUUCCCCCCAGGCUUCAUUUGAGAGCGGGCACUGACUCCAGAGUAAUUAUGGGCUCUGCCUGCUAACCAGCAUGGUGGCAAAGGGAGAAAGGUUGCCAUUGAAGAGGGUGCCCUUCCCCUUGCAGGAGGGACAGGCUUCAGUCUGGUCCUCCGUUCCCCAGGCAGCCCUGCUGGGUCAUCUGGCUUAGAAGAAGGAGGGAAGGGGAAGCCUCCUUGUCAGCCAAGAUGGCCGACUUCUCUCUCUAACCGAACAUGCUCACAUCCCAAAUCAAAGAGUACCAUACAUGAUGGGUGUUUUUUUUUUUAAAAAGGUUUUCUUUCACAUAAUGUUUGUAUGGAUCUGACCUUCACCAUUAAGCUACUUCUAUCAGAAACAAUUAUUUACAGGUUACAGUUGAAAGCGACAAACUUCGUAAAUGUAUGUAUAUAUGUAUAUGUAUAUAUAUACAUAUAUAUAUAUCUCAAGAUGA